GCGGGAUGAUCUUUUCGACUAUCGAGCUGCCUACCUCACACUGCGAAAUUUCAGAACACAAAUAAGGAUGCUGGCCGGGGAAAUUCCAACGACGCAGUGUUGUUUGAAAUUUUAGGCGCUUGUUAGUUGACCGUUUAUGGCCCUAUCUCUGAUAGUAGUAUCAGAUGUCAGGAAGAGCUGACUCGUCUCGGAUAGGCACAGUCAGAUGUACAGAGUAAUCGUGGGACCGGUGCAAGUGUAGGGCCUUGGCGUUUAAGAGGAAGCAUGUUGCCUGUAAAAGAGAAGGGAAUCCUAGAAUCAUUGUCCUGCCUUUCGAACACAGGAUUACUAGCCAUGGACCGCCAGCACCCUGGCUUUUUCCAAUGCUCCUCUGACACACAAAUUCCUCUCGGAGAGUUCAGCAAUGUCACUGGGAACCAGCAUCGCACUCACCAUGGAGACGCGUACCACAUUAACGAGUCCUUCAAUUCGAGUCUUACGACCAGCUAUACCACCGGACCUUAUAAUGCGAAUGCCCCCUUCACGAACAUACGACCAAGAACCGAUGGAGAUGGAAUGACUCGGAACAAUCCUCACAUGCCUUUCCAAAGCAGCGGCGGAAGCCUGGAACCACAGUCACUGUGGAACGGUAACUCAAGUCAAAGUCACUUUAAUGAACAAUAUUCACCGCCCUGGCAGCAGUCGCAACAGCCUCGCAACCCUUUCCACAGCGAGCAACACUCCCCUUGGGCCGGGCAACCUCGGAAUUAUACUACUAGUGACUAUCCAUCGGCCCAGUUCCCACCUCGAGGCCAGCAGUCCCAAUUCAAUGUUCCGCCAGACGUGUACCAGCAGCGCCGCGGUCUGUUUGAUAAUUCUCAACAAACUUCUCUAGAGCAAUCGAAUUUUACGCCUGGCGCCGUAUCCCAACCCCGAUCUCAUAACCGCCACAAUUCCAGAGAGGAAUCGGCCAACCACGUGCCGAUACUGGCAAAUGCCGAGCAAUCAAGGAGGGGGCCUACGCGCGCGCCUUUUUCCUCAACCUCCCACCUCCAUCUUCCAUCCAUCAACUCCACUUUGCACCCAGCACCCAAUCUUCUUUCGGACAUCAGUUCUAACUAUAAUAACAGUGGUAACACUACUGUGCAUCAUCAGCGGACUGAUCCAAGUGGCAAUCUAUUUCUAGUCAAUUACCACGCUUCAGACGGCAGCUACUCGCGUGUCUCCAACCCUUCUUCUAGCGCGUCCUCCCCAACCCCUUCAUCUCUACCUGGAAGCUCGAACUCUGCUUCGACUGCUCCCUCCGGCACGCAAAGGAUGUAUGGCCACGACCCUUUUCUUAUCCACGAAUACUAUGAAAAAUAUCUUCUCACCUGUUGCAGGGGGUUUCCUCUAUAUAUUCUAUCCCCGCUUCCUAUUCUAGGUCAAGAUCGUAGAGUCGCUUAUAGAUGCCCCCCUAAAAUUGGUGAUGUAGGAGUCAUUCCACCUGCACACAACUUUGAGGCCCUUUUCAAUCUCUUUACUGCCUCUGAGGGAGACAACGUGCCGCCCGGGGUUCUACCUGCUAUUGACAUGCCACAGAAUAGCUCGUCGGGGGACUCUGUUUCAAUGGCCUGUCACUAUCGUCCGCAUACCUCGUUCGGUAACGUGCUACAGAGGAAGUCGAGGCUUCUAUCCAAAGAAGUAACUUACGAGCUACCGUUGAAAGGGUAUUCUGCUGCAGCUUUGAUCUUGCCACGCGGAAGCCACCAAGAGCGUCUGAAGGUCACAUACAGAAAAGCAAUUUUCAAUCGCGUCAAGCGAUAUGGGCUUCAGUGGCUUGAUUUCACUUCUCAUACAUCUUUUUACGUUGUUACUGGCACAGAAACUUGCUCCGCAUGGGCAACUGCAGUAUGGGAUUCGGGCAAGUCGACUCGUGCCAAAUUUCAUAGCGGGAAAUGGGAUUGGACCGGCAAAUACAUCCAUGGUCGUGGUGAGGUUAGGAAGUACCCGCCAACGAAAAAGGAGGAGAAGGAAGCCACUUGCAUGGAUCAGACAGCCUUCCUCAUCGGCUUCUGGAUGGAUUGGUACGGGAACAUGAGCGACGGGAGGCCAGGGCUACCGCCACAGUCCCAACAUUCACCCUCAAACCAGGGUGGUGGGGCCUUUAACCCUGGAGGUGGUUCCGAUUCAGCACCUGACAGGUAUUCCGGUACAUCCAAUGAACCAUCGGGCGCGGCUCCACAGACGUAUCCGUACGGUCCCGGCGGCAAUAACUGGUUCACUACUCUCAAUAAUUUGCAUCCUGUUUGCUUGGACGAUUCGAGUGUUCAAGAGGUGAAAAUUCGCUUUGACCUGGAUAUCAUAAGCUAUAGACAGCCUUGCCAACUUAUCAACAAGUUUGGGUACUUGCUGGUUCGUUUACUCGACCCGGCUGCCUCUUUCGGACUUUUCUUUUCACACGACGAUCACUGGAUGAGUGUUAUAGAGGAGUCCGACGACGUUUUUCCGGACAACGAUCAGUUCUGCGAAAGGUUUUGUGCCAAGUACAAGUACGUGCUCGAAGACGACACAAUAUUUCCGGAAGAACUCUCAGCGAAUUCGAGCACAACUCCGUUUCAACGAACAACGAUGACACUCGUUUUCCCCCAUCAUGAAGUGACGGCGGUCGUCGAGGUUCGGGGUCAACGACCAUCUGUGGAAACACCUCUCACAGCCAGACCAUGCGCUGGUUCGAUGCCAGGACAUAGCGGAUCCUCCUCUCGACAGAUCCAGGUAAUUCACGAGAGCUUCAUACACCAUUCCCGAACCCUUAUUUCAGUGUAAACCCCCUUGUACUACAAGGAAAAAAUCUGGCUCCCCUUCUGCUUUCUUCUCAUGCUGUUGCUUGUUUUAUGAAUACUUCGCUAUCACUGGUAUCUUCAACUAUCUUUUCCCAUCGCUCUCAACCAUGCUUUCGUAACAACUUCUUCUUGUACCGCACAUCUAGCAAACGUUCACGACACUUCUUUACGGAUCACAAGUUGGAGUAUGGGGUAUCGUCCUGCCGCGCAAUGACAAGACGUGCAACGUUAUCCCGGUUUUUUUUUGCGAUGUAGUUCAACAAGUAUCAUCGUAGAUCUAUAAACAUCUAGAUUAUUCGCCAAAUUGAUUUCGACAUCAUGACUCCUCAGCGCCUUC